AUGAUGAUUCGAGUGCUGCGUUCGCCAUGGCUUGCUGUCGGCCCUUGCAGCUUAUCCACCCUGGUGACACUGCGCACGGUACGACUCCCAAAAGGCACACCGCUUUUACAGCCAUGCAGAUUUGCUGCGCUGCACGCUGACAGAGGUCAGCUAGGUCAGCUAGGUCCAAAUGGCCAGAGCUGGUCGCCACUGCAUUGUGGGCUGGCCUUCGUCACAGCAGCUGCCGUUGCAUAUGGACACCAGCGCCGAAGCUGCACCUGUGUAGCAGCCACCAGCAGCGAUGCUGGUGAAUCUGUUACUGAGUAUUUGCCGGGGGCUCUGAUCAGCACCGAACGGUUCUUCACAGUGCCAUUGGACCACUCAUCUGAAAGCAACAGCCCUACUCUGACAGUGUUUGCUCGGGAGCUCGUUCUGGAAAAACACAAAGGAAAGGACUUGCCAGUGUUGCUCUACUUGCAGGGCGGCCCGGGGUUCCCUGCAGCAAGACCAAGUUCUGCUUCUGGAGGUUGGCUUGGUCGAGCUCUUCAGGACUAUCGAGUUCUGCUUCUUGACCAGCGGGGCACAGGUCGUUCAACACCCGUCACCGCUCAGACAUUGCAGGGAAUGGAAUCAUCAGAAGCGGCCGAGUACCUGUCGCACUUCCGUGCUGACUCCAUCGUCGAGGACUGCGAAGUUAUCCGCAAAUCAAUGGGAGUCAAAAAACUCACUUUGCUUGGGCAAUCCUUUGGAGGCUUUUGUGCGUUGACAUACCUUUCCAAAGCUCCGGAAAGUCUCCGAGAAGUGUUCCUCACCGGUGGCCUUGCUCCUGUAUUCCACGGCCCCGAUGAGGUCUACAAGCACCUCUACAAACGGGUCCUUGAAAGAAAUCGAUUGUACUACAUGCGCUACCCAGCUGACGUCAAGCGAGUGAGACGCAUCGUGCAGCACUUGGACACCGCCAGUGUCACUCUUCCCGGAGGUGGGCGCCUCACACCUCGGCGCUUCCUGUCCUUGGGCCUUGAGCUUGGCUCUGGCAGUGGCAUGGAGCAUUUACACUGGCUCGUGGAGUCCGCUUUUGUGGAGAACCACAAGGGUGACUGUGUUCUAGACUACCGCUUUCUGUGCAACGUAGAAGCGAUGCAGAGAUUUGACACUAAUCCGAUUUAUUGGCUUUUGCAUGAGGCGAUCUACUGCAGCCCCACCACUGGGGCAUCUCAGUGGGCUGCGCACCGUGUACUGAACGAGGACUUUAAAGAUAGCUUUGACUACCGACGUGCCCUUGAAGCUUCGGACUCUGAGCCUCUGAUGUUCACCGGGGAGAUGGUCUACCCCUGGUUUGCAAAGGAUUUUGCCACACUUGGGGGCCUAAGUGAGUGCGCGGAAAUGCUUGCUUGCCGCAGUGACUGGCCUGCUUUGUAUAUCACUGAGGUUCUUCGCAAUACCAGCGUGCCGGUUGCGGCUGCCAUGUACUACGAUGACAUGUACGUGGAACGGGCAUUCUCAGAAGAAGUUGUGCACUUGCUGGGCCAGAAGUGCAAAGUUUGGGUCACCAAUGAGUUUCAACAUUCUGGCAUUCGUGAUGAUGGUGCUCGCGUUCUAGACACAUUAAUCAAGAUGCUGAGAGGCUUCAGCGCAGUAACCGGCGGCUACUUGUCGAACUCGUACUCUCUGAGGCUAUGCUUCGUGUUGGCUGAGCUGGGUCGGUUGAUCGGGAGUCAUUGGCAUGUCGUUGACAUGCUGUCCAUUGUUCUUGUGGCAACAGUGUGCUGUUUUUACAUGAUGCGUUGCCAGUCAUCUUUGCAUUUGAUGCUUUGCUCCGUCCGUGUUCACAUCCGCAGGCCUUGGUGGCAGUGCGUCGAGUGGUGCAGAGUCGAGGAUGUGUUCCUGCAUGAUGCUCCAAAGGUCGAGGCAUCAUCCUUACCAGACCAAGCUCGAAAGGCUGCGGCGGCGUUUGGUCGUGAUGGUCUUGUCCGAAUCAAGAACAUUCUGCCGCCUGAAGUGGCAGAGGCCUUGUGUUCUCGAGUUCAUGCGGAACUCGACCAGAGACGGCAUGAUGGUGAUGCCGCGUAUUUCGGGGACGUUUAUGGCUAUGAGGCUCCUGCUGUGCGCUUCGUCCGUACCGUGUUUGUUUCUUUGGAUGACAGGUCUGCAUGUGCACUUCUGUUUUCCAUUCCGCGGUCGACUAGUCUGCGUUUGGCGGAGGUGCUGGAAACGCUGCGCCCUUCCUGGCAGCUGACGGAACUGGCAGUGAAGCUGUCCAGUCCUUGGCUGGGAGGUCGUGACGAUAUUUGCCAUGCCGGCAAGUUUGCUUUCUGUGUCGACAACGCGGCGCUUUGGCAUCCACAGUCAGGUAAGUUGAAGAACCGCUGUGCCACGCAAGUAGGUCGCGUGGAUCGACGAAUACCAUUCUACCGCAGUACGAGGAAUGCCUCGGAGCGUCACUGGAAUCGCGCAUGUACCCAUGAUCUUUGUCCCAUCCUGAACCUCUGCGAAUCUCUGCUCAAGCUCUGGUCAGACGUGGGACGCGUCCAGGGCCGCUUCCCACUUCCCGGCAUUGAGGAAGUGGACUUGCGUCAUCCGAUGCAGCCUGCAUCUGCGGCAGCACAGAAGGCAAGCAUGCGCGUCCGUCGUGCUGGCGCCGGGGUCGCCUUGGCCGGGCUGGGUCUACUGGUCUACAACCUAGCAGGGCCACGGCUAUUCGUGGCUCCCCAGCCUGAGAUGCUUGGGAUACCGCGACACGGCUCCGAGGUGCAGGCCAGAGGUGAGGCCGUGGUUAUGUUUGCGAAGCCUGGUCGACGGCCGGAUGACGCCACAAUCGAAGCUUUACCAGCAUGCAUGUCCAAGGUCAAGACUAGGCGAGGUGAGCUGACAGUGGAUCAGCAGAUGGAUCGCAAGGAAAGGACAGCCAAGUGGCUCCGCACCUUGAAGGGUAAGUUCGUGUACAGAGGCCCAAAGCCCUAUGAUACCGACCAGUUCACCAAGGUCAGCAUUCAGGUACGGUUGGAACCAAGGCAAGCAUCCAACACCAAGAUCAUGAACCAGGUUGUGGAAGAGCUCCGACGGGUCAGUGGUGUUCAUCCUGUCGCUACCAAGUUCGAAUCCAACAAUGCUGAGCUAGGAUACCGCGUCGGAGAUGCCUCCGGAGCGAAGGUAAAUAUUCGCGGCCAUUUAAUGCAAGAUUUUCUGCAGAGGCUCAACACCAUUGUUCUGCCUCGAGUACGAGAUUUCGAAGGACUGAAUCCCAUGGCCUUCAACAAGAAAGCAAACUUCCUGCUAGAACUCCCCAGCCAGGAGCCGUUUAACGAGCUCGAUGAGCUGCUCGACUCCCGGGAGGUUGUCCACGGCUUCAACGUCAAAAUCAUCAACAACUGUUUCACACAGCCAGAUGCUUUGAAGUUGAUGAAAGACUUCGGCUUUCCGUUCGGCGACCCCCAGCCGCGUCCGGCGAGGAAGGUCCCAACGGAUCCGUACGCGAAAUACAAGAACAAGGGCAAGGGCAAGAAGAAGCGAUAG